AUGAACACGAGCCCCACCAGUAGCAGCCGGAUCGUGGCGUGGCUGGGGUUGGUGCUCCUCCUUCUGUUUGGUACCCUCGCGCAGUGCUCCAGCGAGUCGUCGGAGCUGCUUCAGACGCUACAAGUGGGUCUUCUCUAUCUUAUUCUUGUUAUUUAGACCUUGUUCAUAUUACUUUAGACACUCUUCAUGUUAAUAUAUGAAUGUUACUUUAUUCAUGCUGACAUUCCCAUUACGUAUUUUAGGAAUUAAGCGCCAAGAAAUGCUCAUCUACAUACGAAUGCUGGAGGACGGAGCCCGUCACAGAUGAAGGAUUACCACUAAAUUUAAUGAGUGAGUUUAUGGAGCAUAAGUAAUAUGUUGUUGUAGGCCGAGUCUCCAAACGACUUGACAUUGGCAACGGGCGCAGUCGCCGAGGAGGUAAGAGAACCAAUUUAACUCCAAAGUUUUCAAGAAAAUUAAAUUGUAGCUUUGAGAAACUACUAAUAACUUAUUUUACAUUGUACCUAACACAAUAUGACAUCCUUUGAGAUUAAUCAUACUUUAAAAAUAAGAAAAGUAUACACCACUGAAACUAUAAAAAGUCAUUUUAAAUUUAAAAAGCACAUUCAAAUUGCAGCCAAAUGUCGCUGCAAACAAGGACAAUGCCUAUUCUACAAUAUACCGACACAAAACUAUUUCUACUGUCAAGAGUUUUAA